AGGCUCACAGCUCGACAGUCGACAGGCGGUAAUGGAGGAUUCGAGUCAGACUGCUUGACAGCUGAGCCACUGGCUUCCAAGUAAACACAACAGUGCGAACGAAUUCCUGAACCUGGAAACUUCAAGGAAGACGUCUCUGAAGAAAGCCACCAAACAUCCCCCCCCUUUUCACUGCCAGCGCUGAUAUAAUAGUUUCCUCUUUAAAACGAAGAUGUAAAUCAGCCUUCCUAUUUGUUCUAAAGAGUAAUCAAUAUGCAGGAUAGACUCACCCCAGUGGUGAAUCUUGCACAUUAAAUCACAUUUAUCUUCAGAUAUUCUUUAUUUUUUUACUUGGUGGAUAUCUGAGCAAUUAAACAAAAAAAUAGGUGAAUAAAACAAUUGAUUGACAAGUUUCUGUCACCAUCCCCAUGAGCUUAAAGGAAAACACUCAAACAUAUUCCUUUCAUUCUUCUUCUACUUGUUCAGUUAUCACUGUCACAAAAUUAUUCAGUGCCGCCAGUAACGUCAGACGAAACCCAGUGGAAUUUUGAACUCGGCCGUUAUGGUGAUGUUGGGACAACAACGUGUUACUAUGCACUCAGCCUUGACUGGCAGCUCACAUAGGAGACUAGUUAUGCCAUAAAGAGGACUAUGGCUGAACAGAUCAACUGAACCCUCAUGUCUAAAUCAAUCUGAUUUAAAGGUGAACUCUUCCACAAAGAAAUAAAUCAGGUGAACCCAGGAGAGCCUUUCUUUUAAUUUACCCAUGCCUGCGUGUGGUGCAAGGAUGCCCCAUAACUGUGUCUGCUGUUCCUGAGAGAGACCGAGGAGGAGGAGAACGGGUGGGAAAUGACAGAGUGCAUGACAGAAUGCAAAGCGCUGGUGACUCCGUCCACGCGCAACGGCCACCGCGUCUUCAGCUACACGCUAGAGAGCCACACGGCGGCCGCCUUCGCCAUCAUGAACGAGCUGCGGCUGGAGCGACAGCUGUGCGACGUCACGCUGCGUGUGCGCUACAAAGAUCUGGAGGCCGUUGACUUCGAGGCUCACAAGGUGGUGCUGGCCUCCUCGUCUCCGGUCUUCAGGGCCAUGUUCACCAACGGCCUGAAGGAGUGCGGUAUGGAGUUGGUACCCAUCGAAGGGAUUCACCCAAGGGUUAUGGACAGACUGAUAGAGUUUGCCUACACAGCCAGCAUCUCUGUGGGAGAGAAGUGUGUGAUCCACGUGAUGAACGGAGCCGUCAUGUACCAGAUCGACAGCGUGGUCAAGGCCUGCUGCGACUUCUUGGUCGGGCAGCUCGACCCCAGCAACGCCAUCGGCAUCGCCAGCUUUGCUGAACAGAUCGGCUGCACAGAGCUUUACCAGAAGACCAGAGAGUACAUCUACAUGAACUUCAGUCAGGUGGCGACCCAGGAGGAGUUCUUCAAUUUGUCUCACUGUCAGCUGGUCACCCUCAUCAGCCGUGAUGAGCUGAACGUGCGCUGUGAGUCCGAAGUCUUCCAGGCAUGUGUAGCCUGGGUGCGCUACGACCGGGAGAACCGGCGCCCAUAUGUCCAGGCCUUACUCCAGGCUGUCCGCUGCCAUUCCCUCACCCCCAAUUUCCUGCAGAGCCAGCUCCAGUCUCUGGAUUGGGACCCACAGUGUAAAGACUACCUGGCCCAGAUCUUCCAGGACCUCACCCUCCACAAGCCCACCAAAGUCAUUUCUUGCAGAACUCCCAAGGUGCCGCAGCUCAUCUACACAGCUGGGGGCUAUUUCCGUCAGUCUCUCAGCUACCUGGAGGCCUACAAUCCCUGUACAGGAAGCUGGCUGAGGCUCGCUGACCUGCAGGUGCCCCGGAGUGGCCUGGCCGCCUGUGUGAUCAGUGGGCUUUUCUACGCUGUGGGUGGGAGAAACAACGCGCCUGAUGGCAACAUGGACUCAAAUGCAUUGGACUGCUACAAUCCCAUGAACAACUGCUGGCUGCCAUGUGCACCGAUGAGCGUGCCGAGGAACCGAAUCGGAGUUGGUGUCAUCGAUGGCAUGAUAUAUGCAGUCGGUGGAUCACAUGGGUGCAUUCAUCAUAAUGGUGUUGAAAGGUAUGAUCCAGAAAGGGACCAGUGGACGCUGGUAGCCCCCAUGUUGACGAGGCGUAUCGGUGUGGGUGUAGCCGUCAUCAACCGGCUACUCUACGCUGUGGGGGGGUUCGACGGGAACAGCCGGCUCAGCUCCUGUGAGUGCUACAACCCAGAGCUGGACGAGUGGAAUACCAUGGCUGCCAUGAACACUGUGCGCUCUGGGGCUGGUGUCUGUUCACUGGGGAAUCAAAUUUUUGUGAUGGGCGGCUACGAUGGCACCAACCAGCUUAACACAGUGGAGCAAUAUGAUGUGGAAACUGACACAUGGAGCUUUGCUGCCUCCAUGAGGCACCGGCGCAGUGCUCUGGGAGUCACCGCUUUACAUGGACACAUCUACGUUAUGGGAGGUUACGACGGCGAAACUUUCCUGGACAGCGUGGAGUGUUACGACCCAGAGAAGGACACGUGGUCGGAGGUGACGCACAUGACGUCAGGGCGGAGUGGUGUGGGCGUGGCCAUUACCAUGGAGCCGUGCCAGAAAGAAGUGCCGUCGUGUCUGGGGUCUGAGAGGGAGAACGGUGCUUCUUCACCGACCUAUCAGUCAGCCAACUCCAGUUUUGGUGUUCACCACAGUCAGCGGCACAACGGGCCGUUCGACAAGGGCCCCGAAGCUCAUCGCUAGGCCCUGUCACACACAUGCACAUUUACAAACAAGCACCCUGAAACCUAACACUGUCUUCCUGAAUCAAAAUAAGGUUUCUCACAACUGAUUAGAGACAGAGGUGAGCUGAAACUUCUGAAUGCUACCUCACUGGUUGUAGAUAUCACACUUGACAACUUUUAAAAGUACAAUGUUGAUAAGGUGACAAAAAAAGAAUGUCAGUUGAGUAUCUCUGUUGCACCGUCGGAAUCAUGUACGACUCCUGGUCUUUCAGACAAGUUUCCAAGAUGUGACGUUUGAUUCAUUUGUUUCUGGUCAAUUGUGUUUUUUCGCCAAAUCUGACUUGGACUUUAGUCAGUAUGCGUGUUAGCAUUUAGCUUUUGUAGACCUCAGUCGGACCAUCAUCUCCCAGGUUCGAGCCGCGGGAAGAAAGGGCUGCAGACUAAAAAGGGCGGUUAAUUGGCUCAUGACGUCAUCAGGGGAAACGUUGGUAAUGUUUAAUCAGAGGGGAGGAAGGAAAUUGAAAUGAUCAAUUAGGUAAUAUAUAAGCAUUUGUCCUUCAGUGUGGGCAGUAGAGUUCAAAGUGCCAUUACAAUUCCUGUGGGCAAUACUGUCAUCAGUAUUUUGUCUAAAGGUGCUUGUGUUGAAAAGGCACAUAAAAAGACAGUCACAAAAUUGCACUUAUACCAGACACAAGGCAAUACAAACGCAUAACUUCCUGUACCUGUACAUGCCAUUUGUUAAUAUUAGUGGUUCUUGCACGAGGCCUCAAAUUUAAGAGUCCGGACAGGAGAAGCAGCACUUUACAGUAACUGCAUAGGAACCAACAUGCCCUCUGAUUAAAAGCCACUGGUAGGUUUGUAAAAUUUGAAAAUAUUUGGGGGGGAAUAUUGAGGGAAUUAUCUUUUGUUUGGUGUAAUUGGUUUGUGGCGUGCCAAGAAAAUGGAGAAAUGGGAUAUUGACUGUGUUUAGGGGAAACAGAAUGUUGUAGCAUCGAAAAAAACUUGGAUUAAAGAAUCUAACAGAAUGUGUUUUCUAAAAACACUUAUUACAGACAGACUUGCAAACCUGUCUCUACAGUCGACCCUUUGGUUUUCACAUCCAACAGACCUCAGAAACAGAAGUGACCAUGUUGGUGCAUUGGUGUUCAAUUAUUGUACGCUAAUGACAACCACUUACUUAAAGAAGUGUAUUUGUAACAGCAAUUUAAGCUGCAAAGGUUUUUAAGUGAUAUUUUGUACAUUGAUACUCUUAAGAAGUCUUGUACAGAAUUUGAGUUCACUUUUUUAUUUAUUUGUUCCGAUUCUUUGGGUUUUCUCAUUCCUCUAAACUGACAUCAGCUUUGUAUUGAAUCGGACCCCGGUGUUGUGUUUUUUAAACAACUAGCAUGCAUUGUAACUGAGUAGGAAUGCCUGUCAAUGCUAAUUUUGAGUGUUUGUAAAAAAAAUUGCUUCACUUUAAAAGGGACUUUGUUUCCUGUUGGUCAGUAGUUGGAAUGGAAAUUAGAAUAUUUAAGGUCUGCUUUGUACAUUUCUUUUCCAGCAAAAUGUCCUGUACAUUGUAAAGUAAAAUAUAUGUUUAUUGCAAUGACGUAGCUCUGUAA